CGACGAUCCUGGGCAAAUUGACGUACAAUUCCAUAGUUCAUAAAUGCAGGCGGCACUCGCUAUGUCUCGGUCUUUAGCUCCGGCCUACCAAGUGACUUCCGCUUAGUUAUCCGGCGAAAACCCUAUCGCCCUUUCCCACCUUGCUUCUGCUACACAGAACGAAUUCUCAACAUGCAGAUACCGAAACCCUUCCUAGGAGGAGUGACGGGGGCGUUCGUCCUGUUGCAACUCCUCUUCCUCGCGAACAUGGCUUACCUGUAUGGAACUGCAUUUCACGAUUCGUACCGCAUCAGCAGCAUGGACGUGCUCUUUGUCGACUACGACCAAGGUGUCAUUGGGGAAUCAGUGGCAGCCGCCUACAGCGAAAUACAAGGGGACAGCUUCCCGACGCUCCAUCAGCGCCCGUCAUCUGAAAACCCCUCCCAGGACAGCAUACGACAAGCCGUCUGUAAGGGCCACUUCUGGGGCGCAAUCUACGCCAACCCGGGGGCCUCGUCGCGUCUAUCCUCUGCCCUCGGCUCGCCCGACAUCGCCCAGGCAUACAGCAGCUCCCAGGCGUUGACAUACGUCUGGAACGGAGUGAAGUACGCCGCCUACGCGCAGACGGUCUCGUCGAGCCUCAAGGUGUUGGUCCAGGCGGCCGCAGGCGCCUACCAGCAGAUCAACGGCACAAAGGCCAUGGCUACGGUCGACACAUCCAACCCGGCCGUCGCGCACACCCUGCUCAACCCCAUCGCCGCGUCGUCGAUCGACAUCAAGCCGACGAACCAGGGCGUCCGGUUCUACUACAACACCGUGUCGAUGGUGAUGCCGAUCCUGUAGCAGUUCUUCUUCAUCAUGGCUUUGAACGGCCUCACUAAAAUUAUGCAAACCAAGGUCUAUCAUCUUCGACUCAGAUUCCAUUGAGAAAGGAUGUGGUACUGGAGCAA